CGACCCUCGGAGCCGGCGCCCCAGUGGCGCUGGGGAGCGGGGAGGCCCGGGCCGGACCCAGCCGCGGCGCAGCAUGUUCCAGCCGGCGCCCAAGCGCUGCUUCACCAUCGAGUCGCUGGUGGCCAAGGACAGCCCCCUGCCCGCGUCCCGAUCCGAAGACCCCAUCCGGCCGGCGGCGCUCAGCUAUGCCACCUCCAACCCCAUGAACCCCUUCCUCAACGGCUUCCACACGGCCGCCGGCCGGGGCGUCUACACCAACCCGGACUUGGUCUUCGCCGAAGCGGUGUCGCACCCGCCCAACCCCGCCGUCCCGGUCCACCCGGUGCCGCCGCCGCACGCCCUGGCCGCCCACCCCCUGCCCUCCUCGCACUCGCCCCACCCCCUCUUUGCCUCGCCGCAGCAGAGGGACCCGUCCACCUUCUACCCCUGGCUUAUCCACCGCUACCGGUAUCUGGGCCACAGGUUUCAAGGGAACGAGACCAGCCCCGAGAGUUUCCUCUUGCACAAUGCACUGGCCCGAAAGCCCAAGCGGAUCCGCACAGCCUUCUCCCCGUCCCAGCUACUGAGGCUGGAGCACGCCUUCGAGAAGAACCACUACGUGGUCGGGGCAGAAAGGAAACAGCUGGCCCACAGCCUCAGCCUCACGGAAACUCAGGUAAAAGUAUGGUUUCAGAACAGAAGGACGAAGUUCAAACGGCAGAAGUUGGAGGAAGAAGGUUCGGAUUCCCAACAGAAGAAAAAAGGGACCCAUCAUAUUAAUCGAUGGAGAAUCGCGACCAAACAGGCCAGUCCAGAGGAAAUAGACGUCACUUCAGACGAUUAAAAAAAUACACACAAAACAAAAACGCACACACAAACAAUAACGAUUCAGAGAGAGAAGAACAAAAACAAAGCAAACUAACAACCGCCCACCAAAAAAACAAAACAACAAAAGCUGGCACUUAUGAGACUUUUCAGCAGCAAGUGUUAAGGAUCACAACCCAAGGCAGAGUGACUUUGCGGGAGAAAAAGCGAGAAGGUUCUUCUUAAUCAAAAUGCAAUUCUCGUCGAAAGAGGCAGCUGAGAGAAAAGGGGAGAAAGAGAGAGAGAGGUCCAAAAUGUGGCACAGCCGGCCCGGCUCUGGCAAAGGGAGUUGUCAAUCAAAGGCCAAACCUCCGAGACAAGAUGAUUGACAGGUAUUCCGUUUAUUGCAGUCCACUUUAAAAAAAUGAUAAUGAUGAUAAUGGUGAUGAUGAUGAUGGUGAUGAUGAUGAUAACAAAAAAUAACCAGCCCAGCACAGGACAUUUUUUUGCACUUCGCAGUUUUCCAAUCUUUUUUUUUAAAAAAAAUACUAAUAAUCGAGAUUCCAUAUCCAGCCCAAAUCCCACGCCUGUUUCCGAAACACGACUAGCAUGUUCCAGCCGUUGGGCGAACGGUUCUAAAGACAGAAAAUGAAAUGUAUUUUUUUCUUUCCUUUUAAAAACAGGUUCCGUGUGCUUUUUCUGUUUUCUUUUUACGAGAAAUGUGCAGUCUGUAAGCAUUUAUUGAUAACUUCUGACGUCAAAGUGAUUGUGGAAGCUAAACGAAGUAGCAGCUCACCAAUAGUGUUCCUCUAAAAGGAAAAAAGAAAAGGGGAGAAUUUGAGGGAGGGCUGAGGGUGGUGAGGGAGGGCAGGAAGGAGGGAGUCAUGAAUUUUGCCGAAAAAAAAAUUAAUUUAUCUUAUUUUUGGACUUCCCCUUUCCUAAUAUUCUGAAGUUUUAAAACACGAGUGAACAUUCCACGUCCGGUGGUGGCUGGGGAAAUUGACAUAGUUUAACCGUUCGCGGUGGUCUUUCAAAAAUUAAAUACUACAACAACAACAACAACCACGAAAAGCAAAGCAAAACAAAAAAAAAAAACCAACAUAAAACAUUAAAAGACUGAAGAGGGAUUGGUGUUGAGUGUGGCCGGUACCCCGGGCCAACUUUAAGCACUGAGCUUAUAUUCCAAGAUCAUAGAGCUUCUAAAGAGUGACAAAUGGUUCCUUAAUGUCUUCUAUACCAGAAUGUAAAUAUUUUUGUGUUUUGUGUUAAUUUGUUAGAAUUCUAACACACUAUAUACUUCCAAGAAGUAUGUCAAUGUCAAUAUUUUGUCAAUAAAGAUUUAUCAAUAUGUC